AUGGGUAAUUUAAAACCUUACCAGCAUAAAAAGAACAUCAACCAAAUUUGGUCUGUUUUCUCUAUACCAGGGAAAAACAUCCUUAUCAAGAGCGAGGCAAAUCAGCAGUGGCUGGUUGCCACUGGUACGUCCACCAAGUCGACAGGAUGCCAAAAAUUAAUCCAUCAAAACCCAGGAUACUGCCAGCCAACUAGCACAGGCAAUCCACAUUGGUCUGAUGAAAGUGCCCAGUGGAUUAUCCAGGGCGGAAAUAUUCAUAAUUUGAACAAUAAAACCGAUGUCUCGAUCUGGAAUAAACAAUACGCUGAUUGUGUCUUGGAUGUUGAAGGUGGCAAUGGACCCGGCUCACCUAUCCUAGCCUAUAAGUAUCAUGGUGGCCCCAACCAAAUUUUCAGGCUUUGGAAGCGCUCGUGA